CAAUGCACGGAACAAGCCCCUCUGUCUGUAGGAACCUGACAGAUAUGUGCACCGAGAGAUGAUAUGGCAGAAUCGCGUGUUACAACGAGGCAAUAGGCCAGGCAGGAAAUUGGAGUAAAGCUGAAACAUAAGGCUUUGCUACCCAGCAGCUUGUGUGUGUGUGAGAGAGAGUGUGUGUGCUCGAAGUGCCUAUGGCGGAGUUUGGGGAGAACGGCAGUCUGCCUCCAUUGAAUCUUGAGGAUACGGCCGUGCCCAGCGAGGAGGCAGCUGGGAAGACGCAUUGCGAAGUGUCGGUGCUGAAUGGAGACUGUGGGAUAUCAGAUAAUAUGAUCGGCUCAGGAUCCAUUGUCGCACCUGGCAGCCAAGCCGGGGUGGAAACCGCCAACACCUCUGUGGGAUUGGAUGGCAAAUCUGAAAUUCCACGCAGGAGCAGCAUUAUCAAGGAUGGCUCCAGACAACGUAAAGAAAGAAAGAAGACAGUAUCAUUUAGCAGCAUGCCCACUGAGAAGAAAAUUAGCAGUGCAAGUGACUGCAUCAGUGCAAUGGUGGAUGGCUCUGAGCUGAAGAAAGUGCGAUCCAAUUCGCGGAUAUACCACAGAUACUUUCUUCUUGAUGCCGACAUGCAGUCUUUGAGAUGGGAGCCUUCAAAAAAGGAAUCUGAAAAGGCCAAAAUAGACGUGAAAUCUAUCAAGGAGGUUCGCACAGGGAAAAACACAGACACUUUUAGAACUAAUGGAACUUAUGAUCAGAUAUCAGAGGACUGUGCUUUCUCAGUCAUCUUUGGAGAGAACUAUGAGUCUCUGGACUUGGUGGCAAACACUGCAGAUGUAGCAAACAUCUGGGUGACGGGGCUGAGGUACCUGAUCUCCUAUGGGAAACAUACGCUAAACAUGAUCGAGAGCAGUCAGAACAACAUGCGCUCAUCAUGGCUAGGUGAACUUUUCGACGAGGCAGACAGCAACAAUAGCAAACAAAUUACGAUAUGCGCUGCUGUGCAGCAAAUCAAAAAGCUAAACCCUGGACUUAAAAAUGUGAAAAUAGAAUUGAAAUUUAAAGAGCUCCACAAAGCUAAAGACAAAGUAGGCUGUGAUGUGACAAGGGACGAGUUCAUCGAGGUCUUUCAUGAUCUUUGCACGAGACCAGAAAUUUAUUUUCUGUUUGUUCAGUUUUCCAGUAACAAAGAAUUUCUGGAUACCAAGGACUUGAUGAUAUUUCUGGAGGCAGAGCAAGGUAUGGCACAAGUCAGCGAAGACACCAGCUUAGAAGUCAUUCAGAAAUAUGAACCUUCUAAAGAGGGUCAGCUAAAGGGGUGUCUGUCUCUUGAUGGAUUCACCAAUUAUCUUAUGUCUCCUGAGUGCCAUAUAUUUGACCCUGAACAUAAAACAGUAUGUCAAGACAUGAACCAGCCCUUGUCACACUAUUACAUCAAUUCAUCCCACAACACCUACCUGAUAGAGGACCAGUUCAGAGGCCCCUCUGAUGUGACAGGAUAUAUCCGUGCUCUUAAGAUGGGUUGCCGUAGUGUAGAGCUGGAUGUGUGGGAUGGGCCUGAUAAUGAACCUGUAAUUUACACCGGUCACACAAUGACAUCACAGAUUGUUUUUCGCAGUGUCAUUGAUGUCAUCAAUAAGUAUGCGUUUGUUGCAUCUGAGUUCCCACUGAUACUGUGUUUAGAAAACCACUGCUCCUUAAAGCAGCAGAGAGUCAUGUUCCAGCACCUAAAAAAGAUCCUCGGAGACAAAAUUCAUCUAGAUCCUCCCAAACCUGAGGACUGCUAUCUCCCUUCUCCCUCUGAGCUGAAGGGGAAAAUAUUGCUGAAGGGUAAAAAACUGAGCUCAAACUGCACAGGCUCAGAAGGUGAGGUGACCGAUGAAGAUGAAGGGGCAGAAAUGUCUCAGAGGAUGAGCAUUGAGUCAGCAGAACAACAAACUAUAGCACCCAAAAAGUUCCAGCUGUCGAAAGACCUCUCUGAUCUAGUGACCUUAUGCAAGUCUGUGGAGUUCAAAGACUUCUCAACAUCUUUUCAGAGCCAGAAGCAAUGGGAGCUCUGCUCUUUCAAUGAGGUCUUUGCAAGUCGCUGUGCUAGUGACUUCCCAGGUGACUUUGUCAACUACAACAAGAAGUUUCUUGCACGAGUUUAUCCCAGCCCCAUGCGUAUUGACUCCAGCAACAUGAACCCACAAGAUUUCUGGAAGUGUGGCUGCCAGAUUGUGGCAAUGAACUACCAAACUCCUGGCCUAAUGAUGGACUUGAACAUCGGCUGGUUUCGCCAGAAUGGGAACUGUGGCUUUGUGCUGCGUCCAGCAAUCAUGAGGGAGCAGGUUUCAUAUUUCAGUGCCAACACUAAAGAUUCAGUGCCUGGUGUUUCCCCACAGCUCUUACACAUAAAGAUCAUCAGUGGACAAAACUUUCCAAAACCCAAAGGCUCAGGUGCCAAAGGAGAUGUAGUGGACCCAUAUGUGUAUGUGGAAAUACAUGGCAUUCCUGCUGAUUGUGCUGAACAAAGGACUAAAACAGUCAACCAGAAUGGGGACAACCCCCUGUUUGAUGAGAGCUUUGAGUUUCAGAUAAAUCUUCCUGAGCUUGCAAUGGUGCGCUUCGUGGUGCUUGAUGAUGACUAUAUUGGUGAUGAAUUCAUCGGCCAGUACACAAUCCCCUUUGAGUGUCUUCAGCCAGGUUUUCGUCAUGUGCCACUUCAGUCUCUGACAGGGGAGGUUCUGCCGCAUACAUUGUUAUUUGUUCAUGUGGCAAUAACCAAUCGAAGAGGAGGCGGCAAACCACACAAAAGGGGACUGUCUGUACGAAAGGGCAAGAAGAGUCGAGAGUAUGCCAGCAUGAGAGUGCUAUUGAUCAAGGCUGUGGAUGAGGUCUUCAAAACAGCCAUGCAGCCACUGAGAGAGGCAACAGACCUCAGAGAGAACAUGCAGAAUGCCAUCGUGUCCUUUAAAGAGCUGUGCGGCCUUUCAGCAGUGGCUAACCUGAAGCAGUGCAUCUUAGCUCUUUCCCCUCGACUGACUGGACCUGACAACAGCCCUCUUGUGGUUUUUAACCUCACUGACCAGUACCCCAACAUGGAGCCCCAGGGCCUGCUACCAGAGGUUCUCAAGAAAGUUGUCAGCACAUAUGAGAUGGUGAUUCAGACAGGCAAGACUUUGCUGGAGAGCUCUGAGGGGGUGUAUGAGAGGAUUCUACAAACCCAAAAAGCAGCGAUGGAGUUUCAUGAAAAUCUCCACGACUUGGCCGUGAAGGAGGGGCUGAAGGGCAGGAAGCUACACAAGGCCGUGGAGAGCUUCACAUGGAACAUCACCAUACUCAAAGGUCAGGCUGAUCUUCUAAAACAUGCCAGGUCUGAAGUCCAGGAAAGCCUCAAGCAGAUCCACUACGCCGCGCUCACCUGUAACCUGAGUAGAGGCGGAUCGGUGGGUGGCUCCUCCGGCUCGGAGUCUAAAGGCAGACGCAGCCUGGAGGCCAUUCCUGAGAAGGCCAUAGCUGAAGACGAGCUCACUGAUGAGGAAAACUAAAGACCCACAAUCCUACUCUCAGAUCCCAGAACCUGCUGUGUCUGUACCAUGGCACCGACAUCGCCAUGCACGCCAUGUUUUCCACAUUCCAUCGUGUCCAUUCCUGCAGCCCAAGCACAGCUGUAGCCUCUCAGACGUCUGCCUUGUAAGCAUCAAAAUCCACCCCCCUGCUCCGGGACAGAAUUCAACCAGAGUUCAGAGAAAUCUGGAGAAUUUCUGUCAUCAUUUUUGAGUCUUAAAACGUUCCGGAGCUGCACUGAAGUUUUUUUAAACACAUCUGAUACUGCAUAGGAAUUGCAUCACAUCAAAUCUUUACAUCCAGCAUAAGCAAAACAAAAGGGAUAUCUAUUAUGUGGCUGAGAAUUUUCUGAGUGGGGAACAAAUUCUACCUGAAAAGCUCAGAUAAUUAUUCAUCCAAACUCCUUGUACAUUUAUUUGUCUUACCACUUUUGUUCCUCUCAUCACCCCUGUCCUCAUUUCCUGGGUGAGAAGAGCAAACUAUCAGCCACAUGAUGGCAUGAGACGUAGUUCAGAAACAUUCACUUCUACUCAGAAGACCUGGGUUUUAAAUAAAGACUAAAAGAAGCAGAGCCUUGGAUUGUUGCAAGAGAUUUCUUAAAGCACAAUUUUUUGGAGUUAUGAAUGUAACAGGACAGGAAGAAAUGUGGAGGGAACGGAAGAAGACGGGGACAAUGUCAUCCUGAGUAAAGAGCUGUUUACAAUACUGAACUCAUCCAUGUUCUCGUCUGCCAAAAUAGUAUAAUAUGUGUAUAUAUGGAGUUUCCUGUUACCUUUUUUUCUGCAGAGUGCAUCAUUUUAUUAUUGUAUACUUGGAAAUAUAAGAUUUAUUUUAUAAAAAAGAUAUAUGAAAGUGUGUUGAAAAACAAAAAGUUCUAUUUGUCUGUAGAUAUCUGAUAAAAAAAAGGGUUGUUCAGAGAGGAAGUGACCUCAGUUUUCCCCAUGGAAAGCUUUUACAUGUGGAGACAGAAGGACUAAAAAUAGAAUGUAUUCGUGCCGUUUGUGGUGCAAAUUACAACAGAUUCUCUAAAAUCCCAACCAGCAACUGCAUGAGAAGGAACCACAACUGAGUGUCAGAAACAAACACUCAUAAAACUGUUUGGACUUUGACAAAUUUUCAUAUUGAAGCUUUUAAUUUUGGGAUAUUUUUAAGCCUUUGUUUUUGGGGCAUGGUCCUCCCACUUCAGGGUGUUAAAGAGAUUAAGUUUAACAAAUUAAAGUCUGCUAAAACUCAUUUCAUGGUUUCUUAUUGAAGUUGACAAACCAUGACAAUUGCCACAUUUUUCUCCAGGUGUGCCACCAACUGAGUCGACUGUUUUUCAGCUCUGCUUGUUUAGUUCAGUAAAAGUGGCCCUGAAGGUCAACUGCCAAACCAUUUGCAAAAAAAACAUUUCAGGUACUGCAAAAUGAAUUCAGUAAAACUUAGAAACCUGAAAAAAUUCAGUGAAAAGCAAAAACAUGAAACAAAACAAAAAAAGAGAAAUUUAAAUUGCUAUGCUUUUCAGGAUUGUUUUUUAAAUGUUAAGUUGUUGUUUUUUAGUUUUUUUUAAUUUAACAAAAUGUUUGUGCAUUUAAUUAAGUUUCCGUGUUUAUAUUUUUUUAUUUCUGUUUGUGUUUCACAAAAUUUUCAAUACAGUUUCAGCAAUUCACAAAGUUAAAGAAUUGAAAAAAGCUUAUGCGCUUUGAAAAAUGCUGUUAAAUUAAAAAGCUUUGUGCUACGCGAAAUGCUUUUAUUUAUUAAAUAUUUACUGUUGUUAAGUUUAAAAGUUUAAUUAGUUUCCGCAUUUCACAAAAUGUUUUUUAAAUGAAAAAGCUACUGUGUUUCACAAAAUGUUUCUAAUUCAAUAAAAUAUUUCUGGGUUUCAUGAUAUGUUUUUUUGUUUAAAGUUUUGCUCCUGAUUUUGAUAAAAAAAAAUGUUUGUUUUACAAAAUGUUUUUGUUCCAUUUUUUUUCCCCCUGAGAUUUUUGUGCACUUUGUGACACUUCCAUUGCAUUAAAUUAGACAUUUUUGGUCAGUGAAAUAUUUCAAGUUCCAUUUUUUUAAGUGAAAUAUUUUUUGUUUAUACAAACUGAUUUUUUUUUUUGUCAAGAACUAUUUAAGCUUUUUGUGAGUUACACUUUAAGCACUCUGUUAAGUAUUUUUGCAUUGUGUAAUAUCUUGAGUUUUACUAAUAAUUUUCAUGUGUAAGGAAACAUGCAUAUUGCAAAUUAUUUUUUUGCUUUUUUUCUAAAAUAUUUUUGCAUUUUUUUUAAUUAAAAAAAAUUGUUUCAAGAAAUGUUUUUGCGUUCUAUUAAAUAAUUUUGCAUUCAAAUAUUUUUUGUGUAUCUUGAUAUAUUUUUGAGUGUUUUAUAAAUGAUUUUUCUUUUCCAAAGAACAUUUUUGGGUUUCAGUGGAAUGUUUUUGCAGUUGACCUUCAGGGCCACCGUAGAAUAUUGACUGAAUACAUCACCAAAGAAACUUGAGUGAUGUGUCUGGCUUGCAGAAUUUGAAAGGGAGGUCAUGUACAAAAACAAAGACUCUGGGUUCAUUUUUCUGUGCUGUCUGAGCUUCUAAACAUUUAAAGCCUUGUUGCACCGUCUCAUGAGCUUUGCUGUGAUUCAUCAUGCACAGUUCAGCGUGCAGCUCCCAUUUUCAGUGUUUUGAGAUGUUGUCUGAGUAACCGCUGAGCAGCAGAUUUCUUACAGCUCGAGUGGUUUCCAGACAAGUCGAGCGAGUCCCAACACUCCGAUUAUAACCCUUUGUAAGAAUUUAAACUCAGGUCUGGAGAGAUGGUUGACAUGGAGAUGAACUUCAGAGUAAUAAUAACAUCAUAACCAUUCCUUGUGACAGCAAUUCAUCCAGAAAGUUCCUGUGAUUUAACUGUGCUUCAUUACAGCUACUAAAAUCUACAGCAUCAGUGGAUGGGUUUGAAGUGAGAGAAGCCUUUUUGUGUUUAAGUUGCCUUCCUAACACACUGCUUCAGUAGUGCCCUCAUUUCCUCUUCAUUUAACAGUCCAUAAUUGUGCCCUUGAGUUUUUGCAGGAAAGUUAAACUCAAUAGAUGCUUAAAAAGGAUGCUUACAAUUAUCAGUACAUGACAUUUGCUUUCUUAGCAUGAGCUACGGUUAAUAACUUCUUAACUAAGUACACUUAAUUCAACAUCUCCGCAGUGAAUGUUUUCUCAGGCCAGUCAUAAUGUUUAGUGUUCAUCAGAGCAACUCUAAAGACCUUUUAUCUGAUUUUAAGAUCAUUUGGAGGCUGCAGUUUAUGGUUGUGUUGACUUUUAUUGAAUUGUUCUGAGAAGUGCUCAAAUAUUUUCCCAUAAAGUUGAUAUAAACAAGACUAGACCAAAUAGUACAAACACCGUUCAGUUUAAGUCAAUAAAAAUCAUCAUGAGUUCACAACAAAGCAAAAAGCAGCCUCUAUAUGACCAUAAAUUACACAUUACCAAAACCAUCCUGACCAAUGUAGAACUAUAAAACAUUUAUGAGAGUCGAAUUUAUUGAGACUGCAAUAACUAGCUAGCACUGCCUUAUACUUUUGCAACUCAUUGCAUGUCUUGCAAAAGUAGAACUAAACAACAAAAAAGAUUUUUUUUUCUUUAAACAAGUAAUGAAUUUGUGGCUUUUCAUGUAAAUGCUUGCAUUUAUGCCCUUCUGGUGCAGCCAGAAGUGAGCAUUUUGAUAUUGUCAGCAGCUGUGUACUUUAGCUGCCUGAAACAGUAUCCACAAAACUGCAAUGAUCCUUGUUCAGCCCUGUACGGAAGAGAUAAUUUUUAAACAACAAACAUGGUAGCAUUUGCAUGGGAAAGACCUACUUUAAGCCUGUACCUAUGACUGCAUAUUAGCAUGGACAGUGCACCUCCAUUUCCCUCUGUUGUACAAAAGUGAAGCCAAAGCACCUAAAUGGAAAUCACAGACAUUUUGAUGUAAUUUGAAGCCAGAUUGGAUCUGGGAACACCACACCACCCUCAGCACACAUUUAACACGGUGAUCAAACAUCAGAGAAUCCCUAAAAUCCACAGCAAAUCAGAUAUCUAAAUUCACUUAGAAUGCUAUUGUUUCUCUACUUCAGUAAUCCAGUAGUCUCAUUUGGCAAGAGCUAUCCAUCUUGACAUUACCCCUGCUCUUUUCUGCAUUAGGGCAGUUUCAGACCAUACAUGUGAGAUGCAUGUCUUGGCCAAGAAUACGGCUCGAUUUUUUUUAACAGUACACUGAAUUAAGCCACUUGUAAGGAGGUUUAGUAAGGUAAAACUUACGAAGAAUGACAGGGCUUUGUCAGCACGGAGACACAAAGCCUGAUAGACUGUUUCUUAUUAUGGAUACAUUUCACACCUCCCACUUCAAGUGUUAAGGAAGGACUUUCAAAAUUCUCAGAAGGUGAACAAACAAACAUUAAGUCUGUGACAUUCAUUACCGGCUAAUCAGAGUGAAAAGACAAAAUCAGGCAGUAGACAUGCCCAGAUCCAAAGCUAACCUUAACUAUUCAGGCUAGCGCUAACGUAGUGUUUGAAUGGCAAAGCUUGUCUGUGGCUAAAAUUCAUGUUGACACCUAUUUGGAGAUUUGCUAAAACAUCUCUGCUAAGAGAAGCUUUCAGUGUGGCUCUUGUUUCAAUAAAGAAAUGUGGUCAAGGUCUGACUAACCUGACACUUUUGUAUAGCUACAUCUGAGCUUCCUGCUACCAUGGCGGUAGCAUUAUACCUCGGCUCACGGUACAACUAAACCGCCCACUUUAGUGACUGCAAACUCAUGCCAAAACAGGUCAGCAGAAAGCCUUUUUCUAUCAUGAAAAGCUUUUUGUGCUGUUCCUGCUCUUUAUUUAAUAAAGAAUUGCAGUCCAGUUCUGAUAAAACUGCCACUAUACUAUAGCUACAUCCAAGCUAAUUGCUACGCUGGAGGCAGCUAUUGCUAACGGCUCACAGUGCACCUUAACCCCACCUGUAGCUUCCACCUCAUUCUCCUCAAAUGACAUUGAUUUGUUCAGACCUUUUUAGGGUUCACCACAGACCAUGUGGAUUGGAGCUUUCAAAGAUGCCUGAUGACAGUCUUGCCAUUUUCACAUGCCCCAUCCACCCUGUUCACCACUCUACAGGAGUUAAUUUUCCCAUGCCCCUGCUAAUAUGCAAGGACAUCCAGAGCAUGACCUGGGUUGUGUCGAUCCUGAUGUUGGCCCAAAAAUGCCCAAAAGUUCUGCACAGUACAAAAAGACUAAAUGUUCUGCAAAGUCACUUGGGUUGGCAACCGAAGUACUUUCUUCGUGAGAAUCACUGAUGAAUCCACAGACAUAGUUCUGCAUAAUUUUUACAAGCAGGCCAAAAUCUUGCAUUGUCAAACAUGUAUUUGACAUGUAUUUUAACUUAGUUUGGCCCAUCUGUUAACAUAGGAGAGAAGGUCAAAUGUAUUGCCGUUUCUGCAGCUAGUUAGCAGGGAAAGCUUUAUAUAUUUUGGCUUCACUCCUGGUAACCCUGUCCAUCUUAAUAUAGAGUCUACAGUCCAUGCAUAAUAACCUUAAAAAGAAACUUUGCAUUAUGUCUUGCUUUAUAAUAUGAAGAAGGAUAUUUAAUUCAUGUGCUUGACUCUAAGUCAAAUACUGAUCACCAGCAAGAAAUCAGUUAUCAAAUCCAUUUAGGAGCUGGUAGACCUGCAGUAAUUCUUCUCCUGAUGCAGCUAUUUGGACUGUUAAAUGAAGCGAUUCUUAAAUGUUUGUCUACUUUUUAUUUCAGUGUUCUCUUCUGUUUAAAAUCUGUCUACACCUCCUGCUGAUCACACCACAGAACAUUAUGAAGUUGUCUCUGAAUUUCAGUGCCGUGCCGUUGUUGAGAGGAUGAAAAAAGCAGCAUUUCAACUGUAAUCCUGUCUCAUCUCUUAAUCUGUCAAGUCCAAGAAAAAGAAAAAAAACACCUCUGAAUAA